AUGCCUGUCUGCAACAACGACUCCCAGCUGAUUGGUUUGGGCGUUUCCGUGACGUUGGCUGAUGAUACCACCGUGAAUGGUACGGUCUACACGUAUAAUUCAUCCGAGGGGCUUCUUGUUCUUUUUCAAGGAUUCUCCGGCAGCAAUCCAAAUGUUAAGAUCAUCCGAACUCCCUUUAUUAAGGAAGUGACUGCCCUUCGCGACAACGAGGAAAAGCUUCCACCACAGUUGGAGGCGAAAGCGCGACUGCCAUCCAUGCAGGCAGCACGUGAUCGAUCCCUCUUCAAACACGCGAGCUCACAGCUGCGGAACGCCAAAGACAAACGUAAUCAACUUCUACAGACCGAUGACCAAAAAACACCGAUCGCUGCACUGGACACUUUAAUCAAGUUGGAACGUAUUUACCCAGACAUUCACUGGGACAAAGAUGCUGGUGUAAUUCGUUUCAACCAGGACGUGGUUGUGAAGGGGAAGCCGGACUGGACGAGCCCGGCUGUUGUAAUUGCCGAAGGUGCUGGGGAUAUCAGCAGGAGUUUGAUGGAGCGAGUUCAAAAGACUCUUUCCAAGAAGUGA